AUGGCUGUGCGCGUCUUAUAUUUGCUGGUAUCCGCGCUGUUGCUAGUUAUGGCGAAGCCGAGUAUUACCAAACUGGAUGCGUGGACUCCACGUAAACAGGCACAUGACCGCAUCAUCGAUGGCCACCCAGCAGGGGUCGGCCAGUUCACUCACCAGGCCCUUGUACUUGCCGACGAGCGGUAUAUAUGCGCCGGGUCGCUCAUCACCAGAACUGCAGUCCUCACCGCAGCACAUAAUGUCGUUAGGUAUAGCAAGUGGACCGUCCGCCUGGGAGGCAUCUACCGGAGUCAGGACGAGUCCACUGCCUGGACCGUGGUCUCAAGCUGGGCCCAGGUGCACCCAGAAUUCAACACGUCAUCCUAUUACGGUUACGACGUUGCUGUCAUAUUCCUGCCCGAGGAAGCUCCUCUGAACAGUUACAUCAACCUGGUGGCGUUACCUUCUUCUCUCGAGGUCAACGAAUCCUUCGUGGGACUACGCGCUCAGGUCAGCGGCUGGGGAUAUAUUAAUGGGAGUGUCCAGGGCAAUGGACCAGGAAAGCAGCAGAUGGAAAAUAGUACAAGUUAA